UGCCACGAAAUUGGAGUUGAGCACCCAACUAUUUUCGACUAUUUGACAUUUCGUUUGCGGUGUGUGACAAUUCGGCCAAUUCUUUCCUUAUUUACUUCUCCAGAACAAUACAAAAAGUUUUGCCGAAUUUCACAAGGAUAAUUGAAAAUGUCCUUAAUAAGAGGUUCCGCUUGUGCAUUAAGAAUAUUAUGUUCGGGCGGUCAACAGCUUACAAACCAAAACAUCCGUAACAUUGCAAGAUGGGUGGCACCAACACUAAAAGAAAUAAGGAAACGCAAAAAUAAAAUGGCACCAUCCCCGCCAGUGAAACGAUCCGGUUUCAUUGACUGGAAUUGGAAUGCCGAACUGUUUGCAUUUUCAAAGCGUUUACACGAAGACUUCAAUCCGGAAUUUCUGCAAGAAGCCUUUACUGUACGAUCGUACAUCAUACAGGAGGAACAGAAACAGCAGGCUGUUGGCAUUGAAAAUCCCGUCACGAAUCUAAAGGAUAAUUUAGCAUUGGCUAGUAGUGGAACUGAUAUACUGUCUGCGUAUGCGGAGAUGUUCAUUUCAUCACAGUUGCCAAAACUACCGAUCAAUGGAGUGCGCGCUGUAAGAGAUUAUUUACUGUCUGACGGGGUGUUGGCUAACGUUUCACGACAUAUUGGCACCAAGGACCUUAUUUUAACAGCGGAAUUCCCACCAGACAAACCAACUCUAGCCAACACGUUCAAAGCUGUCGUCAGUGCAUUGAACAAAUCAUCCGGAAACGAAAAAUCGUUUGAGUUCGUUCGCGAUUUUCUUUUCACACAACUGAAUCAGAAGGACAUCGACAGUAUGUGGGACAUUGAACGACCAAUCGAAUUGUUGCAAGAGUAUUGUAGGGCGAACAAAUUCGCCGAACCUGAACCACGAUUACUGAACGAUGCCGGUAAAAAUACCAUAAUGGCCGUGUACCAUGUUGGUAUCUACUGUGAUCGCAAAAUGUUAGCGGCCGGAUUUGGCGAGAAUGUUAAUACGGCUAUCGAAGUGGCAGCAAUAAAUUGCUUAAAGAGAUUCUACGACAUUGAGAAUCCACGGCCGUACAAUUUCAAAAUAACUUUAAAGGAAGUUGAAGAGUCCCUUCAAAACAGACGCAAAGUUGAACGGCAAGUUUGAUGUUAGUGGCUUAGAUUAAGGCGUUCAAAGAAUUAGAAUUUUUCCUUUAAUUUACAAAAA